CUGGACACUCACUGAAGCCUUUUCUUUUACUUACCUCCUUUCCAGUCCGAAAACAACAACAACUUCGGGCUUCUCCUUUUUCCUGGUGUACUUCCUGGAAGUUGGCAUCGCGUGAAUUAGCGACUGGGCCAUGGCCUUGUUGGGGAGCGCAGUCCGGCGGCUGGUUUCGGCAGUGAGACCUCCCCUGUCUCCCUUGUGCCGAACAAGUGCUCGGUCGUACAGCUCGGAACCCACCAAGGAAAAGAGUGUUCCCUACAAGAAGACCCUCAAGCAGGAUGAUGCAUCCACCUCUGGACCGACGAAGCCGUUGCCAAGGUCUGCAGAUGUGGUCGUCAUCGGAGGAGGAAGUCUGGGCUGUCAGACAGUCUACCAUCUUGCUAAAAUGGGGAUGACAAAUGUGGUUUUGCUGGAGCGAGACAGACUGACUGCUGGCACCACGUGGCACACUGCAGGUCUGCUAUGGCAGCUCCGACCCAGUGAUGUUGAAGUUGAACUCUUGGCUCAUACAAGGAAUGUUGUCAGCAAGGACUUGGAGGAAGAAACGGGUCUCCACACGGGCUGGAUCCAGAACGGAGGACUCUUUAUCGCAUCAAACAAGCAGCGACUGGAUGAGUACAAGCGCCUCAUGUCGCUUGGCAAAGUCUACGGUAUCGAGUCUCAUGUCCUGUCACCAGCUGAGACGAAGGACUUAUAUCCGCUAAUGAAUGUGGAUGACCUGUAUGGAACCCUGUAUGUUCCCAAAGAUGGAACCAUGGACCCUGCUGGUACCUGCACCACUCUGAGCAGGGCUGCAUCAGCCAGAGGAGCCAAGGUGAUCGAGAACUGUCCUGUGACUGGUAUCCAAGUACGGACCGAUGACCUUGGAGUGAAGCGGGUGAAAGCCGUGGAGACCUCCCAUGGCACCAUCGAGACUCCUUGUGUGGUGAACUGUGCCGGUGCAUGGGCGACCAAACUAGGACAAAUGGCUGGAGUGAAGGUUCCUCUCAUCGCAAUGCAUCAUGCUUACGUAGUGACGGAGAGAAUUGAAGGCAUUCAGAACAUGCCAAACGUGAGGGACCAUGAUGCCUCUGUGUACCUGCGCCUUCAAGGUGAUGCACUGUCAGUGGGUGGCUAUGAACAGAAUCCCAUCUUUUGGGAUGAGGUUUCGGAUAAGUUCGCUUUUAGUUUGUUUGACCUCGACUGGGAUGUUUUCAUGCAACACAUCGAAGGUGCCAUCAACAGAGUUCCUGUUCUGGAGCAAACUGGUAUCAAGUCAACAGUCUGCGGUCCAGAGUCCUUCACAGCCGACCAUAAGCCGCUGAUGGGUGAAGCUCCAGAGGUCAGAGGCUUCUUUCUGGGUUGUGGCUUCAACAGUGCCGGGAUGAUGCUGGGAGGUGGUUGUGGCAGAGAACUGGCACACUGGGUCAUUCAUGGGCGCCCUGAAAAGGACAUGUACGGCUAUGACAUCAGACGUUUCCAUAACUCACUCACAAACAACAAUCGCUGGAUCAGAGAGCGGAGCCACGAGUCAUAUGCUAAAAACUACUCGGUGGUGUUUCCUUUUGAUGAGCCACUGGCCAGCCGGAACAUGAGGCGGGAUCCGUUUCACCAGGUUCUGAUGGAGCAAGGCUGUGUAUUCCAAGAGAGACAUGGAUGGGAACGACCUGGCUGGUUCACUAAAGACGGACAAGCUCCUGUUAAAGACUAUGAUUAUUAUGGAGCCUACGAUGUCAAGAAGAAUUCCAAUUAUAAAUACAGCGAUCUGCUGGGCAAAGAGUACACCUUCGACUUUCCUCCCCAUCACGAUGUGAUUAAGAGUGAGUGCCUGUCAUGUAGACACGGUGUGUCCGUGUUUGACAUGUCCUACUUUGGAAAGUUUUACCUCACUGGACCAGAUGCCAAGAAAGCAGCCGAUUGGCUGUUCACCGCUGAUGUCAACAAAAAGCCAGGGUCUACUGUGUACACCUGCAUGCUGAACAAGGCUGGAGGAGCUGAGGCUGACCUGACUGUAAGCAGACUGGAGUCUGGAGCUGCUAACCUUCCCCUGGCACCGGAGUCCAAUGGUGACGCUUACUACCUUGCCAUCGGCGGUGGUGUGGCUGAGCACAACUGGAAUCACAUCAAAACGGUUCUGCAGGACAAAGGCUUCCGCUGCCACCUGACAGACCACUCCGAGGACAUGGGCAUGAUCAGCAUCCAGGGACCCAAGAGUCGAGACGUUCUUCAGGCGGUUUUGGACACAGACCUCAGUAAUGAUGCAUUCCCUUUCUCUACUCACAAAGUGGUCAAAGCAGCCGGCCAUCAGGUGCGAGCCAUGCGCCUGUCGUUUGUGGGAGAACUCGGCUGGGAGUUGCACAUUCCUAAAGACUCCUGCCUUCCUGUCUACCAUGCUGUCAUGGCCGCUGGUGCUCAACACGGCAUCAUCAACUCAGGCUACAGGGCCAUUGACUCUCUCAGCAUUGAGAAAGGUUAUAGACACUGGCACGCUGACCUCCGUCCGGAUGACACACCCUUGGAGGCUGGGCUUGGCUUCACCUGCAAGCUCAAGAGCUCCAUUCCCUUCCAGGGCCGCGAGCGACUGGAGAAACAGAAGGAGGAGGGGCUGAGGAGGCGGAUUGUUGCCUUCACCAUCGAUGAGAAAGUUCCGAUGUUUGGACUGGAGGCCAUCUUCCGUAACGGUGUUCCAGUGGGACACUUGCGGCGUGCAGAUUAUGGCUUCUUCAUCGACAAAACUAUUGGAUAUGGAUACAUCCGGAAUCCGGAUGGCGGCGUGGUGAGUGCUGAUUUCGUUAAGAGUGGAGAGUUCACGCUGGAGAGGAUGGGGGUCACGUACAAGGCCAAGCCUCACCUCAAAUCUCCGUUUGACCCCGAGAACAAACGUGUGAAGGGCAUCUACACUUGAGAGGAAAUGUGUUUAUGAAACAGUCAAACAGUCAGGUACAAGUUUUGUCUCAAAUUAUAUGUUAAAAAAGUUUUCUACUCAGAUCCAUGAAGAACUACAAAUGCUGACAAUUUAAUGUGUCUUUGACAUAGAACUGUGAACUAGUCUUAACAUGAAUGGUGAUGAAUAAGGAUUGUAUGUCGUAAUAGCCAAACCACCAAGGGUGUAAUGAAGUGACCAGAGUGUCAUCAUGUUAUACCUCACCAGUCAUUUAGAUUAAACCUAUCAUGUGCAAAAGGUGCCUUCAUCCAUUAUUCUAGAGUAAUCCAGAAGAUAAUGGUGUGUAGUUUUUAAGAUUAGCCUGGACAUUGUUUCUAAUGAAGUGCAUCAGCCGUGCUAGUAUGUUUUGCUUGUGUCGCUGUUCAACUGUGAAAGUCUCAUUCAUGAAAUGAAGUUUACAAAUUUCAAUUGAUUUGUAUAACCUGGAGUCUUCUCCUGUGUCUGCAUAUUGUGAUGAAUAAAUGCCGUUCAGCGAGUUAAAA